UGACGCUUAUUGUCAGUGUGUUUAUAAAUUGAUUUAUUCGGAAAAAAUGAUAAAUACAGAAUGACAAAUGAAAUUAAGCUAGCUAGCCACGUCUAGCUAGCAAACCAAUACCACUAUGCAGUGCUAUCAUCCAUGCAGGAAAAAGAAAGUUUAAAUUAAAUGGGGACUCCAGACGACAAGCGUGAUCUGAGUGCACGGUCGGACGUGGCUAUGUUACAAGAGAAAGGAUUCAUACUGGGCAAGCUCAUUGGAGAAGGGUCUUAUGCUAAAGCUAUCCAGAGAGCGACGUGAGACCUCCGGACACCUGUCCGAAGUAUGAAAGCAUUUGGUCCUGGCAUAUCGUUGAAAACCGGCGUUUAAUGCGUAGCUCCUCCAGUAUGGACCGAUUGGUGUACAAAGCAGUUCAUAUGAUAGACGAGACCCGCAACACGAUGUUGGCGUGUAAAGUGAUUGACACGUCGGUUGCGCCCCGCGAGUACCUCGCCAAGUUCUUGCCGCGCGAGCUGGACAUCCUCAUCCGCCUCAACCACCCGCACAUCGUGAACGUCACCGACAUCAUCCAGCGUCGCGCUCGAUACUACAUAUUCCAGCGAUUCGCCGAAAACGGGGACCUACUCAACUACGUAACAAGCAACGGUGCUGUGUCCGAAAACCAGUGCCGGCUCUGGAUGCGACAAAUUAGCUGCGGUCUCAACUACAUCCACACUUUAAACAUCGCGCACAGAGAUCUCAAGUGCGAAAACAUAUUGAUCACAACAAAUUACAAUGUAAAAAUAACAGAUUUCGGAUUCGCGCGCGGAGUGCGCUGCAGGGAUCGGGACGUUUUGUCGGAGACAUUCUGCGGGUCGCUUUCGUACGCCGCGCCAGAAGUACUAAAGGGAAUCCCUUAUCUACCUAAGCUGGCUGACAUGUGGUCCAUGGGGAUCAUUCUUUACACUAUGCUAAACCAAGCCCUACCAUUUCAUGAGACUUCUGCGAAACAGUUGUAUGAGAAACAGGUGAUGAAGAAGUGGCGGUUCCGCUCGAAUGUGGUCAAUCAACUGUCAGAGGAAUGCAAGCGGCAAGUGACACAGCUGAUGGAACCGGAUGCAAAGGCGCGGCCGACCGCCGGCAGCCUUUGUAGCGGGCCCUGGAUCGGCAUGGACCCUCGCCUUCUCAAGUUAACUAAACUGGAAGAAUUAUUACUCAAACAAGCUGUAGCAGCUGUCGAAAAACAGAUGAGGGAUAACGAAGCGGAGACAGAGGUUGAGCGCAUCGCGGAAAUCCGCCGCAAGAGCCGGGGAAAAGAGGGAUUGAAAGUAUGGAAAACUAGUGACGCAUCAGCAUUUAUGAAAUCGAAACUUCUGUUUGAGGAAAAUGAAAGAUAAUAAAAAUAAAACACGUAAUCGUCAUUCAAUGUUUAUUAAAUCAUACAUUUUAUA